AUAAGUAGGCGGAGUCAUAGGAGUGGUUUUAAAAUGGAGGCAAAUACAAAUAAACAAAAAAGGAAUGAGUAGUAGAUCCAGCAGUUUAUCAGACCUGUCUAUCAGAAGGCACCUGCCUCCUAAAGGGCACCAGCAGAGACCAGUCGCUAACAGCAGCAAGGAGAGAAAGAGAGGGCAAAGGCUAGACUGGAACGAGUUUAAUUUAAGGCCUGGGACGGUCCCUGUCAAUGGUCUACUGGACCAAAAUGAUCAACUUUCAGUUGAGUCUGUUCCGAUUCCGUUGAGUUCCCGAGUACAUGUCCAUCAUCAUCAGAGUCGAGUGACCACUCCCUCUAGGACACCUCAGGGUUCCUCGAGGAGGAGGGGAGGGAGGAGAAAUGGAGGCAGCGGUUUCUCAGUGAAACCAUUGCACCAUCGAUAUUAUGAGAAUAAAGAUGAGGGUUUAGUAACAGGAGGAGAAUCAGUGCCUUCUCCCACUGAGAUACAGCAAGAGAGAGGUGGGAGGGAGAGGAGGGGAAAGGCUGAUUCUGUUAAUGUUCCAAGAACUAAAAGCUGUAUCGAAACUGCUUCACAUUCCAAGUCCCAUUCUGGGCACCAGUCUCAGUCUAACUUCAUCUCCAGGUCUCAUUCUCAUUCCGGUUCUCGUUCUCAUUCUGGUUUUCAUUCUCGUUCCGUAUCUGAUUCUCAGUCUCAAUCUGGAGGAACUACAUCUGAUUUGUCUGACGUUGCGUUAGAAGACAGCGUUGAUCAACUCUCAUCUGAGAUUGAUGCGAUAUUGAAUGGUAUCAAUAGCGGACUGAUACUAUCAGAGAAGGACACUAACUCUUCUGCUCUUCCUUUUUUGGAAGGCAGCUGUAAGAAACUUCAUGUACCUCCGUCAAGAACAAAGGAAUCUAGAACAAGAUUAAAUGGAGACUCACUUUUAACGAGACGAGAGACUGAGAAAGAGAUGGAUAAUGUUUUGCAAUCUGAUAGAGAUAAUAUUACUAGUAACGGCAAAGAAGAAGAAGAAGCUCAUCUUUUAACUUUAAGCAAACCUCUUGAUGUAAAGAAGAAAGAGGUAGCCAUUGAAGAUAGUGAAGCUACUAAGAACAGUGCGGCCAUUAAGAACAGUGCGGCCAUUAAGAACAGUGCAGCCAUUAAGAUUCAGAGAUGGUUCAGAGAGAGAAAGGGGAAGGAAAGGAAAACAGAAUUACAAGAGCUUCUGAAAUCAAAGAGAAUUAAAAUGAAGAAAGAUCUUGAACAGCACCAAAGCUUCAAUGAAGAGGAAGAGCUUGCUUUGCAAGAGAAGCAGCAAAGGAGAGAAACAAAAAUGAGGGCAGCAAGGCAAGCAGCCAUUGAAGAACUGAGGAAGAAGAGAGAGGAGAAGAAACAAGAGAGGGAGAAACUGGUUGCUGAAGAAAUGGCUGAUCUUGAAGCAAAAGGCAAAGUGAAGAAAAGAAAGCAAACGACAAUAAAAAAGAAAAAGUCGGAACAAGAUAAUGGCAGUAGCACUUCUUGUAAUGUGGAAGGAGGAGAGAGAAAAGAGACAAACAAUAUGGAGUCGAAUAAAGAUGGAGAUAAAGCUGACACAGCUAAGGAAGAGAAAGAAGGAAUUGAUGAGAAAGGAAGAGCAGAAGAAAAUGGAGAGACAGAGAAGAAGGAGAAUGAAAAAGAAACAGAAAUUGAUGAAUUCUUUAAGGCUGGUAAAAGAAAGCCUCUUUCUCCUUCAGCCCCACCCCCUCCCCCUCCCACUUCUAACACUAUGGACAGUAUUUACGCUACUCUACGGGAACUUGAGGAACCUCCCCCUCCUCUACCAGGGGCGGAGUCCUCUCCAAUCGCUUACCUUUCAAUGGAGAACGUUCAAAAAUUAAACAUGACAGAAACAGGAGACAGUAGCAAGUUGCAGACUAUACUGACAUACCUUGAUGAGGUAGAGAGGAGUGACCACGCCCCCAUACAGGACAUAAAGGAACAACCCACGGGUGAAGGAAAGACACAAGUACUCAACGAGCAGCUGGAAGCAGCUUCAGCAGUAGCUAAUGAUGUAACGACGACAAUCCUCACCCAAAGAAUGGAGAUCGAUAACAAGAACAAGACAGUUGAUAUGCUGCAGAAAGCUCUUAAGCAGCAGCGUGAACUAACUGUGUAUCAUGCUAAAGAGAUGGAGAAGGAAGCCCAGAAGAGACUGGAGUUGCAAAAACAAGAAUACGAGACAACGAUACAGCGACACCAGUGCUUCAUUGAUCAGCUGAUUGAUGAUAAGAAAGUAUUGAGUGACAAGUGUGAACUUCUUAUUAAAGAACUGAAGGAAAUGGACAGGAAGAAUAAGAUGAAGAUAACUAACAUGGAGACCCAACAUGCAGCUGAAUUAGAGAAACAGAAACAGACUCAUGCUGCAGCUGAGAAGGUUCGUCGGGAGAGAUGGCGAGCGGAAGAGACCCAGCGAAUAAAAGAAGCAACAGUGAAGAGUCUUGAACCGGAGAUACAACGAAUAAUUGGAAAGGGAAAAGCAGAAAUACAAAAACUAAAAGCUGUCCAUGAAGCGGAGUUAUUGCAAAGUGAUGAGAGAGUGAGCAGACGAUUCACUCAACAAAUUGAAGAGUUGAGACUUCAAAACGCUCAAGAGAAAGAACUGGCCUGUCAACACGAGAGAGAACUAGCACGACAAAAAUAUGAGCAGUUAGCUGAACAGGAGGAAAGGAGCUACCAGCAAUUGAGGAAGAAGCUGUACUGUGAGAUACAGCAGGAGAGAGAGAAGCUGACAGCAGAAAUGAAUGGACACAAUAAUGCCCUGGAGAAGCAAAUCAAAGAUAUGAAAGAGAGUCAUUCUAAUGAGAUAUCAUCCCUCAAGUCAGAACAAGAGAUAAGAAUAGUUGAACUGCAAAGAACACAUUCAACUGAAUUUAAGGAGCUUCAGGAAAGGAUGAAAAUUGAGCGCCAAAUGUGGGAAGAGAAUUACCUCAAGAAACAGGAGGCGAUUCUAAUGACAAGGGAGAGAGAGAUGAGAGAAAGAUUGAGAAGAGAGAGAGACAUGGAGAUAGAGACCGUUAUUCAGAAGUUAGAAAAGGAGACAGCGACUGCUAGAGAUGAGACCGAGAGAGGAGCAGAAUCAAGAAUAAAGAGAAUACGAGAGAAAUAUGAGACUGAAUUACGAGAAGUUGAGAGAUCAGAAAAGAACACUCUUCAAAAAUUUAACACAAUGAAAGUAAGUACAUGUUUUGAGUAACUUUAAAAAAUCAU